AUCCUCGACAUCCAGCCGGGAAGACCUCGUACUUCAAAGACUUAGAGAGCGACUCUGACGUCAAAAUGCUGUUGUUCCUCUUCUUGUUUGGUCUGGCUCUGGCUGCUGAAUCUCCUUCAGAAGACCAACAAGUGAGGCUACGGCGUGGCAACUGUCCCAUGUUCUGGUACAGCUUCAAUGGCCGUUGCUACAAGUAUGUCGCCACACGUAUGACCUGGGCUGAUGCAGAGCUCCACUGUUUGUCAGAGAGAGCCAACCUGGUGUCCAUCCACAGUCUUGGGGAACAUAAUUUUGUCAAAUCGCUGAUCAAGAACUUUGACCCUGCUCAAGGAUUUACCUGGAUUGGACUCAGCGACACCCAGAAGGAAGGCCGAUGGAUGUGGUCUGAUGGGUCUGCAGUUGACUUUGUGUUUUGGGAUGCAGGACAACCAGACAACGCUGGAGGACGUGAACAUUGUGUGCACAAAAACCUUGGCAAACAUUUGAAAUGGAACGAUAAUCAGUGUUCUCUGACAAUGACUUUUGUUUGUGCAUCUCGCACACGUUGUCCUUAGCAACUGAAAAGGUUUUGUCUGAUUUAACUUUGUGAAUUUCCACCAGUUGCUCUGUAGUAAUGCAUUAAACCUGCAUGAUAAUGAUACAAAUGUGCAAAUGUAUGUACAGAAGUAAUUUUAUUAACUUUAAUUUCUUAAAUGUGGAACACUUACAAAGAUAAUUUCAAUGAUGGGUCAAAUACUUUUAUUACUUUUGAAUAAUGUAAAACUUUUUUUCCUUAGAGACCUGUAGGAAAAUAUAUAGAUUUAGUAAAGAGUAAAUUUAAAGUAAUUUAACUGUUAACAAUGGUUGAAACUGUACUUUCUCAUAAGUAAAUCUAAUCGUUAAAGAUGUUGUUAUGUCUUUGAAGUUCAAAAUACAUUUGGUUUUCCACUAAAAUUAUUGCUUUUUCAUGUCUUAAAGCCCACCUCUGUACACUGUCAUAAAUAUAUGGUUCUUU